CCCAAAUUUUCCUGACAGUUCAACAACCGACAACCACACGACAGAGUUGGAUUCAUCAAGUAUGUCAACUGAUGCAGCGUGGGCUUCAACGAUAGAGGGAACAAUCAGUUCUACUGCCAUCCUGACGUCUAGCGAUGUUGUGAGCUCAUUUUCGUCGCAAGUGGGAAGUUCCACAAUGGCUUCAACUAGGAACGUGGAGUCGGCUGCAUCGACUUCACCAACCACAUCGAGUGGCUUUUUCACCUCUACGGCAACCGACCUGUCAUCAUCCGUCUCGGUACCGACGACAUCGUCAUCGGCACUGCAUUCAACUGGCGUGACGGGUACAACUGAUGCAAUCAGAUCCACAGAAGAAACGACUGCAACUAACAGUUCCCAGGUAUUCCAUUCCACCGUAACCACAACGAUGAAAAACAUGGUAACGUCAAUACGAACCACCGACGGAGCGACAGCAACACAUCCCGGAGAAAAGAAUUUCUUCGAGCACCUGCUUGAAGGAGUUCGGAACGGAGACGCCUCCUCUAUUGGAAUUCUGCUCGGGUUUGUGCUGGGAGUGAUCCUCAUCAUCGUGCUGAUAGCAGUGACAGUGUGUGUAAUAAGAAGAAAGAAAAGACAGCAGCAAGACGGAUUUUUCAUGGACGACGAGGGGUUUUCAUGGCACAAUCGUUCUAUUAAGUUCCAUCGGGAGGAGAUGCCGAAAUACGUAUACCCAGACUUUUUGAGCACAGGUUUUGAACUGAAAGAAGCAGACAUAGUUGAUCUUGAAACCUUCGACAGUGGGACAAAACAAAUCAGGUCGGAUAGCAACAACAGCAAUAGUGACAGUUCUUCAAAAAGCCUCUCACUGCCGGCGAACUUUUUAAAGGCCCCACGACGAAUGUCCGGCAAUGUCUGUCACCACGCUGAUGGCUCCGUCGGCAGCAGGAACAGUGUCCGGGCUAGUACUGCGAUAAAAAACUUAAGAGACAUGAAAGAUGGCGUUUCUAUUUCUUCUUCAUCUAAGAUAAGAAAUGGGUGUAGAGAACCAAAGUUACCUGGUCCACACGAGACCAGAAUACGAAGAAAUUCGGACUCGGAUGGUUCGGAGACCGAUAGGUCAAGUAUUGGAAGUGAUCGGUCCCAUGAAAAGGGCAUAGUGAACGGUGGAUUCCAACACGAUGAACGGAGUAAUGAAUGAAGGGAAGCCCUGUUACAAUGGACUUUAGAACGAUCCGUUGGUGCUAGUAAAGAAUGCGGAAAAAGGAAGACUAGGAGACUAAAUAAUUCAAAUCAUAAUGCAAGAAUGGUCAGAUUUGAAACUGAAAGUGCGGAAAAUACAAAACAUUUUUAAUUUUGAAGAUUUUGUAACGUGCUAUAUUUAUAUUUAUUUUGUUUUCAUAUUUAAACUUCGUCGUUUAAGGUGCCAAUUCCAUGAAUAAUUUUCCGAUAGAGGAAUCGGAUAAAGAUCAUUCCAGUCAUAUAUCAUUUGAGUAUUUUAUCAUACGUACAUCAGAGGAUGUUGAAUUGUCUAAGGUAAUAGUCACUGGCCCUUAAUUUGUCAGGUACCGUUACAGAGGAAUUGCAAUUAGGGCUUGAACGCAACGGUGGUCAUUAUUCAUUUUGUGAAUGACGCGAAGGAAAUUUGCCUAUCGUGACAUGGAACAAUUUCUUGAGUCGGAACCUUUAUCGGACGUCAGUUCUGGUAAAGAGAUUACGUGAAUAUCUUAGGAAAGAUUUGAUCUGGCAGACACGGCCACUUUAGAUCGAGAUAUGCGCCGCGUUAUUUAAACAUGAAACACUGACAGUUAUGUGAAAUAAUGGUGGAAAUCCCUUUGUUGAAACUAUUCUACGUCAAAUGGUGACAAUUGGAACUUUAUCAUCUGACCAGUUGUUUUACAAGAUAGAAGUUAAAUUCGAAAGAUUGUCAUCAGUGAUUUGUUACAAGGCCGAAAUUUGCCAACAUUUUUAAAAUAUUUUUUUCCUAUCGCCUCUUCUGAUGCAUAAACACACGAGGCCGGGUGUAGCAGAAGCUCACAGUAACAUAUAAAGUAACAUACAUUUUGUCGAUCUCCUUGUCUUACGCACUAUUAUAUGACAAAUAAGCAUCUCCAAUUUUGUUAUUUGUGAAUAGGUUGUUCAUUAUUUUAAUUAUCAAAAUGAUAUGCUUUUUAGCAUCUUGCAUUUGUAUAUUUUUUACUUUGUUAAAAUGCAACAUUAUUUAAUAGUUAUGAUUAAAAACUGCAAGUUUUUGUAGUGAAUAAAAACUAAAAAAAAUUA